AUGGCGGAGAUCUGCUGCGGCGUGGUGAGGGGGCGGGAGGCGUCGGCCGGCGCCUGCGAGCCGAGCUCCCGCGCGGCGAGGAGGCGCAGGAUGGAGAUCCGGCGGUUCAGGUUCGUGUCAGGUGUCGCGGCGCCGCCGGCGGGCCUUGGCCGGAAGAGACAGAGGAUCGAGCGCUGCAGCUCGGCGGCCAUCUCCGCCGCGUCGGGAUUGCCCCUGGAUCUGGAGCCCGCUCUGGCGGCGAACCCCUCGGAGGCGGAGGAUUUUAAAUCGAAGUCGGAUUCGAGUGAUUCCCCGAUCUCGGUUGCGUCGCCGCCGUCGUCGUCGUCGUCGUCUUCAUCGUCGUCGCCGUCGCGGGCGGGGGAAUCGCCCGCCUCAUGCCGCUGCCCGAAAUAUGGCAUGAUCUCCGUCUGCGGCCGGAGGCGGGACAUGGAGGACGCCAUUUCCAUCCGGCCGGGGUUCGCCGAGGAAUCGGUGGGAUUACAUUUCUUCGGUGUCUUCGACGGCCAUGGCUGCUCUCACGUAAGAAUCUCACCCUCAGUCCAGACCUAUGCCUUAGGCUGUCCUCCCCAAUCACCUCAUAUCUUCUUCCCGCUUUCUUUUGGCAGGUGGCCGUGUCCUGUAAGGAUCGGAUGCAUGAGCUGGUGGCGGAAGAGCUCAGACGCGGCGGCGGCGUCUCCUCCUGCCUGACGGAACCGGAGUGGAAGGCGAUGAUGGAGAGGAGCUUCGCUCGCAUGGACGCGGACGUGAGCAGCGGCUGGAGCGUCGGCACCCUCCGGAGCGCCAACUGCCGCUGCGAGAUGCAGAUCCCCAAGUGCGACCACGUCGGCUCCACGGCGGUGGUGACGGUGGUCACGCCGGACCGUAUCGUCGUCUCCAACUGCGGCGACUCUCGCGCUGUCCUCUGCCGGAAAGGCGUCCCCGUCCCCCUCUCCGCCGACCACAAGGUAAUAAUAGUCGUUCAGAUCGCCUCUCCCCGUCUGCAAGUUUAGAUCCUUCCAAUCGUGCCGAUGGCUCCGCGCUUCCUUCCGACAGCCGGAUCGGCCCGACGAGCUGGAGAGAAUAGAGGCGGCGGGAGGCCGCGUGAUCUACUGGGAUGGAGCGAGGGUUCUCGGCGUCCUCGCCAUGUCCAGGGCCAUCGGUGAGCCUCCUCUUUCCCUGUGCCCCUUCCCCUGGCUGAUUCCGCGGUGGCCCCAACGAGGUCGCUGACCUUCUUCUUCCCCUGUGCCUCCUGCUUUCUCUCUCUCAGGGGACAAUUACCUGAAGCCCUACGUGAUAUCGGAGCCAGAGGUGACGGUGACCGAGAGGACGGAGGAGGACGAGUGCCUCAUCCUGGCCAGCGACGGGCUCUGGGACGUGGUGACCAACGAGAUGGCCUGCGAGGUCGUCCGGAUGUGCCUCCGAGGCAGCUCCUCCCCGGCGAAAAAGGAGAGGGCAGUCUCCCCGCCGCCGGCGGAGGCGGUAGCUGGGGGCUCCGCCGUGGAGUCCGACAAGGCCUGCAACGACGCAGCGCUCCUUCUGACGAAGCUCGCGCUGGCGAGGCAGAGCGCGGACAACGUCAGCGUGGUGGUCGUCGACCUCCGCAGGAAGAGCUCGUAG